UGUGGGCUCAACUUGGACUUUUCGCGGGAUAAACACUGCACGUGCCACCAUCUUGAAUUUGAAUCUCGCCAAAAAUACCUCACAUAUAUCCAGAUAAACGUGGUGCAAGACUACAUCACCAAACAUGACACACAACUAUGUUGUCACUGCACAGAAGCCCACCGCGGUUAAUGCAGCAGUGGUUGGAAAUUUUACCGGGCCAGAUGAUUUGAAUCUUGUCAUAGCCAAAAACACACGGCUCGAAAUUCAUCUUGUCACUCCCGAGGGACUGAGGCCCAUGCUAGAUGUUGGGUUAUAUGGCAGUGUUGGCGUAAUGGAGCUGUUUCGUCCCCCGAAUGAGCCCCAAGAUCUUCUCUUCAUUCUAACGGCAAAGUACAGAGUCUGUAUUCUUGGGUACAGAAAAGAGACAGGGGAUAUUGUGACUAGGGCCUGUGGUGAUGUACAGGACCGCAUCGGCCGACCAUCUGACACUGGCCAAAUUGGAAUAAUUGACCCAAGCUGCCGUGUAAUUGGCCUGCGACUGUAUGAUGGCUUGUUCAAAGUCAUUCCUCUUGAACUGGACUCAGACAAAGAACUGAAAGCCUUCAACAUCAGGUUGGAAGAACUACAUGUUGUUGAUAUACAAUUUCUUUAUGGAUGUGCUAAUCCUACAAUAGUAUUCAUAUACCAGGAUCCUCAUGGUCGUCAUGUGAAAACAUAUGAGAUCAACCUCAGAGACCAUGAGUUUGCUAAGGGUCCAUGGAAACAGGACAACGUGGAGGUUGAAGCCUGCCGCGUCAUAGCAGUACCUAACCCCCUGGGCGGGGCACUUAUCAUUGGGCAGGAGUCAAUCACAUAUCACAAAGGAAGCAAUUAUCAUGCAAUUGCUCCCCCAGCAUUGAAGCAAAGUAGCUUGACUUGUCAUGGGAAGAUAGAUACCAAUGGUUCCCGCUAUUUGCUUGGGGAUAUGAAUGGACGACUUUACAUGUUGUUGCUUGAGCGACAAGAGCUGAUUGAUGGCACAUAUGAAGUUAAAGAUCUCAAGUUGGAAAUGUUAGGAGAGACAUCUAUUGCACAUUGCCUUGUGUAUUUGGAUAAUGGUGUAGUGUUUAUUGGAUCAAUGUUAGGAGAUUCACAGCUAGCAAAGCUUAGCACAGAGCCAGAUGCAGAUGGGUCCUAUGUCCAGGUCAUGGAAACCUUUACUAAUCUUGGCCCCAUUGUUGACAUGGUUGUGGUGGACCUUGAAAGACAAGGUCAAGGGCAGCUAGUGACUUGCUCUGGGGCAAAGAAAGAAGGCUCUCUUCGCAUCAUCAGGAAUGGGAUUGGCAUUCAUGAGCAUGCGACAAUAGACCUGGCAGGAAUCAUGGGGAUAUGGGCCCUCAAGCUGAGAAAAACACAACAGGAGUAUGAUGACACACUGGUCCUUUCAUUUGUUGGUCAGAGCAGAGUGCUGUCUCUAAGUGGGGAGGAAGUUGAAGAGACGGAGAUUCCAGGGUUCAGUGAUGAUCAGCAGACAUACUACAGCGGCAACGUGACAGGAGCUCAAUUGAUUCAGGUGACAGCUGCAUCUGUGCGACUGGUAAACUGCGAAACUCGACAGCUUGUCAGUGAGUGGAAGCACCCUUCAGCAAAGAAUAUUAGCGUUGCUAGCUGUAACACGGAGCAGGUGGUAGCUGCUGUUGGAAGUGAGCUCUAUUACAUUGAGAUCAUGCCAGGAGAACUCAGACAAAUCAGCCAAGUGACAUUAGAGUAUGAGGUUGCGUGUCUGGACAUCACCCCUACAGUUGAAGGAAAGUCCAGGGCAGACAUGGUUGCCGUUGGUUUAUGGACUGACAUCUCAGUUAGAGUGCUUCAGCUGCCCAAGCUGAACCAGCUUCACGUGCAAAUGCUGGGAGGAGAGAUUAUUCCUCGGUCAAUACUCAAGACAGCAUUCGAAGGGAUACACUAUCUUCUCUGUGCGUUGGGUGAUGGCACUCUCUUCUACUUUACAAUGGAUCCUAUGACAGGAGCCCUUGCAGAGUGCAAAAAAGUAACCCUGGGUACACAGCCCACUAUGUUGCGCACUUUCAAAUCCCUGUCUACUGUGAACGUGUUCGCCUGCUCAGACAGACCAACUGUCAUCUACUCCAGUAAUCAUAAAUUGGUGUUCUCAAAUGUCAACCUUAAGGAAGUGAAUUUUAUGUGCCCUUUAAACUCACAAGGCUAUCCUGACAGUCUUGCUCUGGCAAACGAUGGCUCCCUUACGAUUGGCACAAUAGACGAAAUCCAAAAACUCCAUAUCAGAACAGUUCCCCUUGGGGAGUCACCAAGACGGAUAGCCUAUCAGGAGGCAACACAGACUUUUGGUGUCAUCUCUGUACGCAUUGAGAUCAGUGAGCCUGGGACCUCUGGCACAGUACCUUUACAUCCCAGUGCUAGCACCACAGCACACAACGUGUCCUCUUCUGUGGGUACUGGUGUUUCUGGCUCUGCGUCAUCCUCCGCUCCUGACGGUAUCACCUUUGGUGAUGAGAUGGAAAUCGGCAGCCUGCUAAUUAUUGAUCAGCACACUUUUGAAGUGACCCAUGCUCAUCAAUUGCAUGACAAUGAGCAAGCCACCAGUCUAAUGUCCUGUACCUUGUCCGAUGACCCCCACACCUACUACUGUGUCGGCACUGCAUAUGUCUUCCCAGAGGAGCCAGAGCCUAAAGCAGGCAGACUUCUGCUCUUCCACCUCUCUGAAGGAAAACUUGUUCAAGUGGCUGAAAAGGAAGUGAAGGGUGCUGUCUACUCUCUGGUAGAGUUCAACGGCAAAGUCUUGGCAGGGAUUAAUAGCACAGUCAGUAUAUUCGAGUGGACAGCUGACAAGGAGCUUCGCUACGAGUGUAGUUACUAUGACAACAUUCUGGCGCUGUACCUCAAAACAAAGGGAGAUUUUAUUCUGGUUGGCGACCUGAUGCGCUCCAUGACCCUCCUUGUCUACCUGCCGUUAGAGGGGUCCUUUCAAGAGAUUGCGCACGACUUCAGUCCAAAGUGGAUGACGGCCAUCGAGAUUCUAGACGAUGACACUUUCCUUGGCGCAGAGAACUCGUACAAUCUGUUCACGUGCACGAAGGAUAGCGGCGCCACCACAGACGAGGAACGCUACCACCUCCAGGACGCGGGGCAAUACCAUCUCGGCGAGUUUGUCAACGUCUUCAGACAUGGCUCACUUGUGAUGGAACACCCGGGCGAUGCCUCUACUCCAUUCCAAGGCUGUGUCCUUUUUGGCACCGUCAACGGAAGGAUCGGAAUCGUGGCUCAGAUAGCACAAGACCUGUUCAACUUCCUUAUCCAAGUCCAGAAGAAACUUAAUAAAGUCAUCAAAAGCGUCGGCAAGAUCGACCACUCCUUCUGGCGGUCUUUCUCCAAUGAGCGAAAGAUGGAGCCCGCGCAUGGCUUUAUUGAUGGCGACCUCAUUGAAAGCUUCCUUGACCUACCGCGGGCGCGUAUGGAAGAGGUUGUUACCGGGCUACAGAUCGAUGAUGGUGGCAUGAAGAAGGAAUGUACGGUGGAUGACUUGGUCAAGACUGUGGAAGAAUUGACACGUAUUCACUAAAUACGAACACGUGACAUCCGUAGCGCACUUACACUGAUGCCCCCGUCAAAGGAUCACGUGAUAUUACGCGACUGAGCCUGAUCACAUGGUGGCCCCGUGCAAAGGGAAAGUCAUAUGAGGUCAUCACGUGACAUCACGCGACUGAACCUGAUCACAUGGUCACCUCGUGCAAAGGGGAAAUCAUAGGAGAUCAUCACGUGAUAUUACUCGCCUGAGCUUGAUCACAUGGUAGCCUCGUGCAAAGGGAAAGUCUUCUAGGGCCAUAACGUGAUAUCACGUGACUGGCCUCCGGCUAGCAGAAGAGUCUCAGGAGGUCAUCACGUGAUAUCAUGUGACUGGUCUGCGCCUGAUCACAUGAUUGCCUCGAAAUUGCCUUCGAGUAAAAGCCUUCUGGAGUGAUCAUGUAAUUUGUGAGUGUGCUUUUUCAGAUGUCCAUAGCGCGAUGAUAGAUGAAGAUACUCGAGAUUUAUAAUAUAUAGAUGGUAUUUUAAUCAAUGUCGCUUCGUUUUCCUCAAGUCCGUUUUUAAUCGCUAAAAUUCCCUGUUUUAUUUCUGAUAUUCUUUGCUUUUUGUUUACUUAAAUGCUAUUUUUUACUUAAAUGCUAUUAUGACAGUUGGUGUCAUUCCUUGCUUAACACAGGGCUCGUAAAGACAGUAUUGACCUCUAUUGUAAAUAUUAGUACCAUAGUAUUAUCAAAAAUAAUUAGUCACAGCUUAGUUUCUACCAUUAGUAAGAAUUGAAUAAAGUAUUUGCUUCUAAUUAUGCGCUAGCAGUCGAAUUAUAAGCCUCCUGUAAAAUUGCUUAUCUCUGAGCCUCAGACGGUUGGAAUAAACCUAUUUUUGCACAGGUAA